CAGUGGCCAAAACCGAUCGUCCCCUGCUCUGCUCCAAGCAAAGCGUCUGGAUUCUGGAGGAAGCAGCAUGUCUCCUUCCCUCUUCGUGGUUGUAGUGGCAUUCCUGAAUCUGGUGCUAUUGGCCAGAGGACAGAAGACAGAGCCCUUCAGUGGCCUCACUGACCAAACACUUUUUCGUGGAGCUGAUCGCUAUGAUUUUGCCAUCAUGGUCUCACCAGGAGAAACAGAAUGCUUCUGGCAGUUUGCUCACCAAAGUGGAUACUUUUACUUCACUUACGAGGUCCAGCGGACAAUGGGAUUUUUACACGGCCGUCAUAUUACUGCCACUGCACGUACUCCAAAAGGUUUUCUCAUUGAUAAAUCCCAGGACAUCCGAGGCCAGAUCAACUUUUCUACCAAAGAGACAGGCUUUCACCAGCUUUGCCUGAGCAAUCAACAUAACCAUUUCGCCUCUGUCCAAGUGUAUCUCAAUUUUGGAGUCUUUUACAAGGGGGCUGACAUGGCGAAUGAUCAGAAGAAUGAGGAGAGACAAAAACUGAAUGAUACUCUGGAUGCCAUCGAGGAGAGUACACACAAGGUCCAGAUGAAUAUCUUCCACAUGUGGAGGUACUACAACUUUGCCCGCAUGAGGAAAGGGUCUGACUUUUUCACUCUCCAAUCAAACUAUAACUACGUGAACUGGUGGUCAACAGCCCAGAGUAUAGUUAUUGUCCUUUCUGGGAUCCUGCAGUUGUAUUUCCUGAAGCGUCUCUUCAAUGCCCCCCAAGUCACAGACACGAGGAAGCCAAGAUGUUAAAGGCAAGACAAGUCCUAAUCCCUCCCACUCCCCUUUUUUUCCCCAAAGCUCAUCAAAUCAGUUUUAUGAAAGCGUUACAGAAAUUAACCAUCCACACCAAAUUUUUAAAAAAUCAUUGUCAUCACUCACAAAGGACCAGGAGCAGCAGUAAAAAUAACUAAAUUCAGAAUUAUUACUUGGCUUUAAGCGAGUCCAUGACAAGUCCUUAAAAAGCUUG